UCUCCAUUUUCCACCGCAUCAUCAAACCUUAUCUUCCUUCUUCUCACCUUAAUUCUCGUAUACAUUUCAGAAUUUCACUCCCCAACUUUGAUUAAGGGACCUCAUCAAUUCUAGUAAAAGGCUUUGCAUACUUGAAGAAAAGCAAGCAAAUUAGCCUAGCACAACACCAAAGUUCACAAAAUGUCAGGUGGGGUUGGUCCAACUGGGUGUGACAUUAGUCUCCCAAAAGAACAAGAAAUUGAGCACAAAGAACAGCAAGACAGCAACAAAUCACUCAAGAAUCCCCAAAAGCCAACACGAAAAGCUGGUUUUUUCUCAUUCCGCCAGCUGAAUUGCCUAGCCUUGGUGAUUGUCUUAUCAGCAAGUGGCUUGGUAAGUGUUGAAGAUUUCGGCUUUGUGGUUUUCUCCAUGAUUUACAUGUACUUCAUGUCCAAGAUAGCUUUCCCUCUUCACCCAAAUUCAAGAGAACCCUCUGUUUUCAACCCACAAAACAAGCUCCUAGGCCUUUAUGUCCUCAUAGGAGCCAUCAUUGGACUCUAUGCCCCAAUUGCAUACAUCUUAGAGGGGAUUUUUGAGGGUGACAAAGAAGGGAUCAAAGCAGCAGCACCACAUGUUUUUCUAUUAGCUAGUCAAGUUUUCAUGGAGGGGAUUGCAUUUUCUGAUGGGUUCUCAUUGCCAAUAAGAGCUUUUGUGCCUAUCUUGUACAACUCAACAAGGAUUUUCACUAUUUUGGAAUGGGUUAAGACAGAGAUCUACAAGAGUACUAGUGAUGAGCACAGUGGGUCUUAUAGGAGGAUGUAUGCUGGGAGAGCACUUGCAGUGGCUAACAUGGCAUUCUGGUGUUUCAAUUUGUUUGGGUUCCUGUUACCUGUUUAUCUUCCUAAAGCUUUUAAGUUGUAUUACUCUGUCCAUAAAGAGAAGGAAUGAUGAAGCAGGGCUGUUUGAUCUUUAUGUUUUGAAUUUGAUAGUGUAUAUGUAUGGAAUUUUGUUUUAAUGUAUAAGGUCUUGAACCAUGAUUUUCUGCUAGUUGGUGUAUGUCAUGAUGUUUACAUAGUAAGUGUAUUUGGCCUUAGAAUUA